UCAUACGAGCAAAAUGUUUACCAAUCACUGCAAUCAUCAAAAAGUCUUUUAGCUCAAAAGGGAGCGAUAUUAGCUACCGAUAGUGCAUUACUCGGCUUAAGUCUCAUACCAUUUCUUGGUAGUAUCAGUACUAUUUUAAGAGUAGUUCGAAAUACUUUGGCCGAGGAAAGUGACUGGAGACUUGCAUUUACAAAGGCUAUUACAAAGGAAAGAAGACGCGAUAUUACAGAAGAUAAUGUUCGUUGGAUUGAAUCAGAAAUGAAAACAUUCCAAAAAUUACUACCGUUGUUAAAUGAAACAAAUCCAGAACUUGAAAAUAGAAAAACAAUCGCAACAAUUUUCCAUACGAAAUUCCAUGAACUACUUUACUUUUUCGAUCGAAACGAUUCUUUAUUUAAGAAGUUCGCUUUGACCAGCUCACCACUGCUUGUUUCAUUUUCAUACAUGAUCGCUCUCUUCACUCCUAUUGCGAAAAAAUUAAUUCCACAAGUUGAGAAGAACACACAAUUAGCAUGCAAAAUGCGUGAUGUUUUGGAGCCUUAUGUCCCACUUGUUGUUUAUGAGCGAUUGAGUCGUCAUAUAUAUGCAUAUGGAGUCGAGCACAAUCAUGCAUUUUUAUUCAAGGUCAUGGCAAAACCAUUUAAUGAAAAUGGCUAUAAUACAGAGCUUCGAAUCGAUGAAGGAUGUGAUGGUGGUUGGAUGGAAUAUUACGAUACUCAUGGUGAGCAUUGCUUGUAUGAUGAUUUGAAUGAAGUUCGAUAUCACUACCCCGCGAACCAGGCUGAAACUGCUUAUGUUGAUUAUGGGAGUCUUGUUCGACAUCGUGUUGAGGAAUAUUUCCCGAUGAAAACUUUGAAGUCAUUAUGCGUUGGUGCAACGUCAAAAACAAAAACAGGUUUCGGUUGGGUAACGAUCAUAAUAUCAGAAGUGUUUGCCUAUAGUUUACCGAAUGGCGACGACUGUGACUCUUUGGGAGAUAGAUGCGAUCCAUACGUCAAACUAUUUGUGGAUGGCGAAAUGGUUCAAAGUGCUCCGAGAUCAAACACCAAUCGAUUUGAUCCCGAUCUUAGUUUCGUUUCGAAGAAACUGACUAAAGAAAAAACAAUUAAAAUCGAAUUAUGGGAUGAUGAUUCGACAGCAUUCGGACGGGGAUCAGACGAUCUAAUUUUCCGAACGGAAGGUACUGUUGAAUCAUUUCUGAAAGAUGGAAAAAGAUCUAGUGGCAAAAGCAAAGGUGUGACUCAGUCUCAUGCCAAUGAAGUUUAUUUGAUUGCAAUCUGGCGAGACGAAUAUAAAUAG